CAGUGAACAGAAAGGGGCGUGGCAUAAGUGCUUCAAAGUUUAAAAACAGGCGAUCUGCGUAAACGGUACUGCAUCUUCAAACUAGAGGAUCACCAGAAUCAUGUCUGAGCAGAGCGGCAAGGUCCAAACAGUGCUGGGUCUGAUAGAGCCUGAUCAGCUGGGCCGCACCAUGACACAUGAACACCUUACCAUGACAUUUAAGUGCAGCCAUGUUCCUCCAGCACCUGGAGAUGAGGGUCUUGCCAUAGCUCCCAUUGAAAUGAAGCAUAUUCACUGGUUGCAGCAGAAUCCAUACAGCCACCAAGAGAACCUGCUGUUGAAUCAGGAGAUUGAGGCGGUGAAGGAAGAGUUGCUGUGUUACCGUAAAGCAGGAGGAGGAUCCAUAGUGGAGAACACCACCACGGGCAUCACCCGAAACCUGCCCGUUCUGCGUCAGUUGGCGAAGGAAACGGGUGUGCAUGUCAUAGCUGGAGCGGGGUACUAUGUGGAUGUGACCCACUCUGAUGAGACACGAAAGAUGACCGUUGAGAAGCUUACUGACAUUAUUGUCAGUGAGGUUCUCCAUGGAGCAGACGGCACAGAUAUCCGCUGUGGCGUGAUUGGAGAGAUCGGUACUAGCUGGCCAAUCACAGAGAGUGAGAAAAAGGUCCUGCGAGCCACUGCCCACGCUCAAACUCAGCUCGGCUGCCCGGUUAUCAUUCACCCUGGGCGGAAUGAAGCCGCUCCUGGAGAGGCCAUCCGCAUUCUGCAAGAAGCAGGUGGAGAUAUCUCCAAAACAGUCAUGUCUCAUCUUGAUAGAACCUUGUUAGAUCGUCUAGAGCUGCUGGAGUUUGCAAAGAUGGGAAGCUACCUUGAAUAUGACCUCUUUGGCACAGAGAUUCUAAAUUACCCAUUCAACCUUGGUAUUGACAUGCCCAGCGACAGCCAGAGAGUUCAGAGCUUGGCUUUCCUGAUCAAGGAAGGUUACGAAGACAGAAUCCUCAUCGCUCAUGAUAUCCACACCAAGCACCGACUGACCAAGUAUGGUGGUCAUGGCUUCUCCCACAUCCUGAACAAUAUUGUUCCCAAAAUGUUGUCUCGAGGAAUCACUCAGAACCAGGUGGACAAAAUACUGAUAGAGAAUCCUAAACACUGGCUGACAUUUAAAUAAAUCAACUGCCUUAAAAGCCGAUUUACUUCAAGUUAACGUACCAAAAAUUGAUUUCUAACUUUUAUUGUUAAAAGGGUUAGUUCACCCGAAAAUAAAAUUAUCCCAUAUUUUUCUCACCCUCAAGCCAUCCUAGGUGCAUAUGGCUUUCUUCUUUCAGUCAAACACAAUCGUUAUAUUAAAAAAUAUUCUGGCUCUUUCAAGCUUUAUAAUGGGAGUGAAUAGUAACCGAGAUUUUGAAGCCCAAAAAAAGCACAUUCAUCCAUAAUAAAAGUAAUCCAUACGGUUCCAGGGGUUAAUAAAGGCCUUCUGAAGCGAAGUGAUGCGUUUUUGUAAAAAAAAAUAUCCAUAUUUAUAACUUUAUAGACUAUAAUCACUAGCUUCCGGUAGUAACGUAAGCUUAGGUGAAAGUAGACGCCUCUCGCAGUUCAAACAAUUA